AUGCCCCUGGGACAAAGCCCUUGGACAAAAGCCCCUGGGACAAAGGCCCCGGGACAAAGCCCCUGGACAAAGCCCCUGGGACAAAUGCCCCUGGGACAAAAGCCCCUAGGACAAAGCCCCAGGGACAAAAGCCCUGGGAGGGGACAAAGCCCCUGGGACCCCUUGGGACAAAGCCCACACAAAGCCCCCUGGGACAAAUGCCCCCUACAAAACAAAAGCCCUUGGACAAAGCCCCUGGGACAAGGCCCCCGGGGACAAAAGCCCCCUAGGACAAAAGCCCCUGGGACAAAUGCCCCUGGGACAAAAGCCCCUGGGACAAAAAGCCCCCUAGGACAAAGCCCCCGAGGACAAAGCCCUGGGACAAAAGCCGGGACAAGCCCCUGGGACAAAAGCCCCUGGGACAAAGCCCCUGGGACAAAAGCCCCUGGGACAAAAGCCCCCUGGGACAAAAGCCCCCGGGACAAAGCCCCAACAAAGCCCCUGGGACAAAGCCCCUGGGACAAAAGCCCUGGGACAAAUGCAGGACAAAAGCCCCUGGGACAAAGCCCCUGGGACAAAGACACAUGGACAAAGCCCCUGGGACAAAACAAAGCCCCUGGGACAAAAGCCCCUGGGACAAAGCCCCUAGGGACAAAUGCCCCCCAAAAGCCCUGGGACACAAAAGCCCUAGGACAAAGCCCCUGGGACAAAAAGCCCCUGGGACAAAAGCCCUACAAAAAGGACAAAGCCCCUGGGACAAAAAGCCCCUACAAAUGUACAAAAGCCCUAGGACAAAAAGCCCCUAGGACAAAGCUAACAAAAGCCCCCCGCCCCUAG